GUAGAGCCACCGGCGGGCGACAGCACCGGCCGGCCCGUAUGGGCCGUAUGUCUAAUGUCCGUCCACCAGUCCAAACACGUCCAACACUCCAAAUCGCCUGAUCGCCUCGUGUUGGUGUUUCUCCCCUCUCGACAUUCUCCGUUCUCGAAUUCUCACGACAGUGGUUAGGUUAGGUUAGAACACGUGUUUACGGAAUGGAGAUUUCUCUUCGAACAUGAAUGGAGUUGCCCACUGCUGGAUUCUUGAUCGAAAGAGAUAGACCUAAAGAAAAGAGGAACUACUGAGAAUCAAUUAGAUUAUUCGCGGCUGUAUUACAUGCUCAAGGAUCAAAAUGGUGAAGGAACAAUUCAGGGAGACUAACAUCGCCAGCGAAGUCUCCCAUAUAUCCUUCUGCGUGGACAGCAUGCACAAUAUGUAUAUGCAGUCUAGCGUGCAGAUGAUCUCCAACAACAUAUACAAUGAGGAUACGAAUCGUACACCAGUUCUGCACGGAGCACUCGACAGGCGCAUGGGAGUGAGCAGCACGGGAGUCGAGUGCGAAACAUGCGGCAAAAAGCUGAACGACUGCGUGGGACAUUUUGGGUAUCAGGAUCUGGAACUGCCGGUCUUCCACGUCGGCUACUUCAGAUCUAUCAUCCAGAUUUUGCAGACGAUUUGCAAGAGAUGCGGUCACGUUUUGCUGACGCAAGAAGAGAGGAAGCUUUAUUUGCGCAGAGUAGAAAAUCCAAAUUUGGAUUACUUAAUGCGUAAAGCGUUGCGCAAGCAGAUCUGGGAGAAGGCGAGGAAGAAGGCAGAGUGUCCGAACUGCAAAGCAAAUAACGGCCCUGUGAAGAAGGCUGGUUUUCUCAAGAUCGUUCAUGAGAAGUACAAGAACCUGAAGAAAACGGAUCCUAUUAUUCAAGAAAGAUUGGCUGAAUUAGCUCCAAGGAUGGAACAGGACAAGGAGUACAAGAAUAUGAUAGAUCAAAACUACAGAUGUGUAUUUGAUGAAUAUCUAUAUCCGAACGUGGUGCGAGAACUCUUCAAUAAAAUUCCAACGGGCGAUAUGUAUUUCUUGUUAAUGAAUCCCGAGUGUGCCGUGCCAGUAGAUUUGAUACUGACAAGAAUUCCCGUGCCGCCAAUUUGUAUUAGACCUAGUGUUCUGUCUGACCUGAAAGCUGGUACAAAUGAAGAUUCUCUGACAAUGAAAUUAUCUGAAAUAGCUUUUAUCAAUGACUUUAUUCGCAAGCAGAAGAUGCAGAACGUUAAUAUAAAUAAGUUUAUGGAAAGUUGGGAAUUUCUUCAACUGCAUUGCGGUCUUUACAUUAAUAGUGAAUUGUCUGGGAUACCUCCGCUCAUACAGCCUAAAAAGUUUGGCAGAGGUAUAGUGCAAAGAUUGAAGGGGAAGCAGGGUCGUUUUCGCGGUAAUUUGUCUGGCAAACGUGUGGAUUUCACUUCUCGCACGGUAAUUUCGCCCGAUCCGAAUCUCCGAAUAGAACAGGUUGGUGUACCUGUGCACGUCGCAAAGACUUUAACGUAUCCCGAAAGGGUCACUCCGUCGAACAUAGAACUGAUGCGAAAGUUGGUGAGGAACGGUCCGGACAUACAUCCCGGAGCGAACUACAUACAAUACAAGAACUCGCUGGACAGGCGUUAUCUUAGAUAUGGCGAUCGGAACAAAGCCGCCCAAGAUUUGCAGUAUGGUGACAUUGUCGAGAGGCAUCUCAAAGACAAUGACUUGGUGCUGUUCAAUCGGCAACCAUCUCUGCACAAAUUGAGCAUCAUGACACAUAGGACCAAAAUAAUGGAACAUCGGACGUUCCGGUUCAACGAGUGCGUCUGUAAUCCGUACAAUUCGGAUUUCGACGGCGAUGAAAUGAAUUUACAUUUACCGCAAACCGAGGAGGCUAGAGCAGAAGCGCUGGUUUUGCUAGCGAAUAAAUCGAACCUGGUCACACCGCGUAACGGUGACUUAUUGAUAGCAGCAACACAAGAUUUUAUCACCGGUGCUUAUCUGUUGACCCAAAAGGACACGUUUCUCCAGCUAGAACAGGCUAGAUUAGCACUUUGCAUCUUAGCCGGCCCGGACGCUUCUCUGGUCGUGACUCUUCCCCCGCCCGCGAUCGUAAAACCGGCGAGGCUGUGGACCGGCAAGCAAAUAUUCAGCCUGAUUUUACGCCCGAACGCGGAAUGUCCCGUCAAGGCGAAUCUAAAGACGAAGGGCAAAACCUACACCACCGGAAAAGAAUUAUGUGUUAAUGACUCUUAUGUUAUCAUUCGCAACUCCGAGCUUCUGGCGGGGACACUGGAUAAAUCUGUAUUGGGCUCAGGCUCGAAGCAGAAUAUAUUUUACGUUCUGCUGCGCGAUUGGGGGGAGGAUAUUGCGACCGCGGCUAUGUGGCGUUUAACCAGAAUAACGAAUCACUUCAAUUUCGAGAGAGGAAUUUCCCUCGGUAUCGGAGACCUCAUACCCAGUCAAGGCCUGCUGCGGGCCAAGGAAAAAGUUUUACACACUCAUUACACCACAUGUAACGAGUACAUUCAGCUGAUGGAGAAGGGCAGUCUCGUCUGUCAACCUGGAUGCUCGGAGGAGGAGACACUCGAGACGAGAAUCCUGAACGAACUCUCGGUGAUCCGUGACAACGUUGGUAAAGCGUGCUUGAAGGAACUGCAUCCCACCAACACUGCACUAACUAUGGCUCUUUGUGGCAGCAAGGGUAGCUUCAUCAACAUAUCCCAAAUGAUAGCUUGCGUCGGUCAGCAGGCUAUCAACGGGCGUAGAGUACCGAACGGAUUCGAGAAUCGUGCGUUGCCGCACGUCCCCGCGCUACUGAGGACGCCGGAUGCCAAGGGCUUCGUGGAAAAUUCGUUUUACUCGGGGCUGGUGUCCAAGGAAUUCUACUUUCACGCGAUGGGCGGUCGGGAGGGUCUCACGGAUACCGCGGUGAAAACCGCGGAGACCGGAUACAUGCAGAGGCGACUGAUCAAGAGUUUAGAGGACCUCUGCAUCCAUUACGACAUGACGGUGCGCAAUUCGAUGUGCAAUAUCAUACAGAUUCCGUAUGGCGGGGACGGAUUGGAUCCCACGUACAUGGAGGGUAAGGACUGUCCCGUGGACUACGAAAGGGUGUACGAUCACGUGAAGGCGAAAAUGCCUUAUAAAACCGAAGCACCUUUGGACGCUCCCAGCGUGAUCAAUGCCGCGAAGGAGAUGCUGUCCUCCGAGGAGUACGACUGCCUGGACGACGAAUUCAAAAAGGAACUGAUGGUAUUCCUGAAAUCGGUGGCGCGAAAGAUAGCGCAUUAUCGGCAGAAUGUUACAUCGAAUUCGCCGGUGGUCUCGCAACUCGAGCGUUUCACCGUCUCCCAAUUGGUCGAGUUCAUUCACACGUGCAAGGAGAAGUACAUGCGAGCCAAGAUAGAGCCGGGCACGGCCGUGGGCGCGCUCGCCGCGCAGAGUAUUGGCGAGCCGGGCACUCAGAUGACCCUCAAAACGUUCCACUUCGCCGGUGUAGCGGCCAUGAACAUCACGCAGGGUGUGCCGCGUAUCAAGGAGAUUAUUAACGCGAGUCCGAAGAUCAGCACUCCCAUCAUCACAGCGACAUUGGUCAACGAUACGGAUUGCGAUUUUGCCGAGCGAGUGAAGGCGAAAAUCGAGAAGACGACCCUGGGAGAUGUGGCUCAAUAUAUCGAGGAGAUAUAUUUGCGCGAUGACCAUUUCCUUUUAAUAAAAUUAGAUCUCGAUAGGAUUAAAUUGUUGAAAUUAAAAAUUGAUGCUUAUUCUGUGUCCUAUACACUCUGCACUUCAAAAUUGAAGCUGACAUCAAAGAACCUAGAAGUGAUAGGCAAAGACUUUAUUGCUAUUCGACCAAAUCGACCUAAAGACCGUUUAAAUUUUCCAUUUCGCCAACUGACGGAGGCCCUUCCAAAUGUUGUAGUACAGGGCUUGCCAUCGAUCAGUAGGGUGGUUGUGCAUAAUGAAAACCUCGGUGGUAAAACGAAAUUUACCCUAUUUGUCGAAGGAGGUAAUUUUAGAGAAGUUAUGGCAACACCUGGCAUCAUUGGCGAGAAGACGAAAUCGAACAAUACGAUAGAAGUUUUCAAAACGCUCGGGAUAGAAGCAGCGAGAACGACCAUCAUGUCGGAGAUUAAGUCGGUAAUGGAAAAUCACGGGAUCAGCAUUGAUCGACGGCACUUAAUGCUCUUGGCUGAUUUGAUGACCAGCCGAGGCGAAGUGCUUGGUAUCACGCGGCAGGGCUUGGCAAAAAUGAAGGAGUCGGUUUUGAACUUGGCAUCGUUUGAGAAAACGGCGGAUCACCUAUUUGAUGCGGCUUAUUACGGGCAAAAGGACAUUAUAUGCGGCGUAUCAGAGUCGAUUAUAAUGGGUAUUCCAGUCCCACUGGGCACGGGAAUCUUCAAGCUGCUUCACAAAGCGAACAAGGACGAACCGAUCAAAAGGGACCUUCUGUUUGAUGAUCCGCAGUUUCACAAGCCACUCCGUUCUGGACGACGAUUUCAACGAAUACGGCCGCGUCCAACAUUACAAACUUAAUGUUAAUAAUAAAAUGUUAAUAAAAUUUUACAUUUAAUGACAAGAAAAAAUUAUUUUGUUAAAAU